GUUGGAUAGGGCGGAUCCAACGGCUUGUGGAAACCCUUUUACGAGCUCUCGAGCUCCUCCUCGAGCUUCCAGGAAAUCGCGAGGCGAGGGAUCACUCUUAGGGCGGCGGAAUCGGUGACCGGAAGCGACGCAUCCCUGGUAGCAGCAGCACGAAUUUAAUGCGGAUUGGAGGUAUUUAGGCGCGGAUCAUGGAUUCUAGGACGCGGAUUUGGAUUUAGGGGUUGGAGUUUUGGCGAUCGCGGUGUUUUGAUCGCUUGGCGGUCCAUGGAUUCUGGAAAUCGCGACGAUCGCCUCGGCGAGCCGCAGAUUGUGAAUGGAUUCCGGCCGCAUUGCGCGAAAGCGAUGAACGAAGCAAACGGUGAGAUGGAAAUGAGAACAAUCUCGCUCGAUGAGGAGCUUGGGACCGAGAAGAUCGAAAAGAAGCGAUUGAUUUCCGAGGUCUCCGAGCACUGUGAGCUGGACUUGACUUACGCACAGAGGCGACGGCCGUGGUACAAGCAUUUUGCAAGGGGCGCGAAGGAAGUUUUGCUGGGAAGCAAGCUUUGCUGCCUCCUGCCUUUGGUGCCGAUAUCGAUCGUUCUAGCAAACUUGAAGUCUGGAAUGGGCUGGGUGUUCUUGAUCAGCUUACUCGGCAUCGCACCUCUUGCCGAGCGCUUGGGCUUUGUCACGGAGCAACUGGCAUUUCACACCAGCUCCACGGUCGGUGGCCUUCUGAAUGCGACGUUUGGAAAUGCCACCGAGAUGAUUAUCUCUAUCUUCGCUCUGCGGAAUGGCAUGAUCCGCGUGGUUCAGCUGUCGCUACUGGGAUCUAUCCUCUCGAAUAUGUUACUUGUUCUCGGAUGCGCCUUCUUCAUGGGUGGUCUCGCUUUUCCUCACAAGGAUCAGAGAUUCAACAAGGCUUCUGCGGUGGUGAGUUCCGGAUUGCUUCUCAUGGCAGUUUUGGGACUGCUUUUCCCUGCCGUUCUUCACUCCACGCACACAGAGCUUCAUGAUGGUAAAUCUGAGCUGAGCCUUUCCAGGUUCACUAGCUGCAUCAUGCUCAUGGCUUACGCAUCGUACCUUUUCUUCCAAUUAAAAAGCCACAGAAAGCUUUAUGAGAACGAACAAGAAACGGGAGAUAAUGAAUCCGAGGCGGAGGAGUCCGUGAUGGGCUUUUGGGAAGCAAAUGGCUGGCUCGCCAUUUUGACCGUUUUUAUCUCUGUUUUGUCGGAGUAUCUCGUUGACGCAAUCCAGGGUGCCGCCGACAGUUGGAACAUCCCUGUGGCUUUUAUCAGCGUGAUCAUCUUGCCAAUUGUUGGAAAUGCGGCAGAGCAUGCGAGCGCUAUAAUGUUUGCUCUAAAAGACAAGCUGGAUAUUUCGUUGGGGGUAGCGAUUGGCUCAUCCACGCAAAUAUCAAUGUUUGUGAUUCCCUUUUGCGUAGUAAUGGGCUGGAUAAUGGGAAAGCCCAUGGACUUGGACUUCCAGCUUUUUGAGACUGCUACCUUGUUCAUCACCGUGCUAGUCGUCGCAUUCAUGCUACAGGAGGGAACAUCCAACUAUUUCAAAGGAUUGAUGCUUUUGUUUUGCUACCUGAUUGUGGCUGCCAGCUUCUUUGUUCAUGUUGAUCAACCUCAACAUGGUAACACGUGAUCAUGCGCAAUGUACAAAUUUUACGCUAGGAGCUUACUCCUGAGCACUGUUUUUUGACCAAGCAAGCUAAAACGAGAGGUUUCUUUGGAGUUUGGCAACACAAAAUAAGAAUCGUCAAAAGAGAGGCUCAAAGAACAAGGCGUGAGAAAAGCUGCAAUGUGGAGUUUAUUUUCAUUCGGCAUUCACGCCAAGCAAAAGGUGUACGUACGCUUCUUUCUCUGUA